CACACCCCCACACCAGGUGGCGGUAUCCCCUUCACUAAUCCUGCACUUGGCUCUCAAAGCCCCUCUUGCACGGCUGGCGCUCUUCCAUUGUUUAUAGGGCGGGUCUGCUUCUGCGCAGCUCCUUUUGGAAUGUGCAGCGCAUGCGCAGACUCGCAGGGUGUAGAAUCCUGCGCUACCGGAACUCAAAGAUAAACAACAACAAACGCUAGAAGCAGAGAAAGAAAAAUACUAAAUGCAGCAGAUGAUGUUAAAACACAGCUACUAAACAGAGUCCCGUGUGCUGCCAUGGACAGUGUGAAGAUGGAAUCUGUCCAGAUUAAAGAGGAGUUCCCUGAACUUGAACUUGUCCCCAUUAGAGUGGAGUUCUCUAGGCUGGCUUCCCUCCCCAUUAAACAGGAGCUCUGUGAGAUGCAAUGUGACAGCAGUCAGCCAGAGGACUCUGAGGUUAAAGCAGAGCACAGUGAAUUGGAGAUCCCCCAGACAGAAGAACCCCUUCCUGUUAAACAAGAAGAGGUGCUGGAAACUGUCCGUAUUAAACAGGAGCCCCCUGAAGUAGAGUUUGACCGCAUGGAACCAGUGAAGGAAGAAUCCGAGGACUUCAAACCAAACAUCCCUGAGCUGGAGCCUGUACGCCUGCGGGAGUGUAGCGUGGUGCUGGAGAGAAUCUGCGUGAGAGAGCAAGGCGCUGGAGAGGAAGGCUCUCCCAACAGCACGCAAGGAGGUGGAAAGGAAGACGGGCGCUCCCAUUCAGAAUGCAGUCUAGCAGGUUCCAGUCCAGCAGCUAAAGCGAGGGCGGGCGGUGGAGAAUAUCCUGACUGUGGGAAAGAUUUCACCCAGUUAGGACAUUUAAAACAAAAACAGAGCAUUCACACAAGAAAGAAACUGUGUCACUGCUCGGACUGCGGGAAGAGUUUCAGUCUGUCAAGCAACCUCAAAAAACACCAGCGAACUCACACAGGAGAGAAACCGUAUCACUGCUCGGACUGUGGGAAGAGUUUCAGUCGAAUAGACAAUCUUUUUUCACACCAGCAAACUCACACAGGAGAGAGACCGUAUCACUGCUCGGACUGUGGGAAGAGUUUCAGUCUGUCAAGCAACCUUAAAAAACACCAGCGAACUCACACAGGAGAGAAACCGUAUCACUGCUCGGACUGUGGGAAGAGUUUCAGUCGAAUAGACAGUCUUGUUUCACACCAGCGAAUUCACACAGGAGAGAAACCGUAUCACUGCUCUGACUGUGGGAAGAGUUUCAGUCGAACAUAUAGUCUUGUUUCACACCAGCGAAUUCACACAGGAGAGAAACCAUAUCGCUGCUCUGACUGUGGGAAGAGUUUCAGUCAUUCCGGACAGCUUGUUUCACACCAGCGAAUUCACACAGAAGAGAAACCGUAUCACUGCUCAGACUGUGGGAAGAGUUUCAGUCGAACAUAUAGUCUUGUUUCACACCAGCGAACUCACACAGAAGAGAAACUGUAUGGCUGCUCUGACUGUGGGAAGAGAUUCAGUCGAAAAGACCAUCUUGUUUUACACAAGCGAAUUCACACAGGAGAGAAACCGUAUCACUGCUCGGACUGCGGGAAGAGUUUCAAUCGAAUAGACAGUCUUGUUUCACACCAACGAAUUCACACAGGAGAGAAACCGUAUCGCUGCUCUGACUGUGGGAAGAGUUUCCGUCUGUCAAGCAACCUUAAAAAACACCAGCGAACUCACACAGGAGAGAAACCGUAUCACUGCUCGGACUGUGGGAAGAGUUUCACUCUGUCAGGCAACCUCAAAAAACACCAGCGAACUCACACAGGAGAGAAACCGUAUCGCUGCUCUGACUGUGGGAAGAGUUUCCGUCAGUCUGGACACUUAGUUUCACACCAGCGAACUCACACUGGAGAGAAACCAUAUCGCUGCUCGGACUGUGGGAAGAGUUUUAAUAGGACGGAUGGCCUUGUUUCACACCAGCGAAUGCACACAGGAGAGAAACCAUAUCACUGCUCUAUAUGUAGGAAGAGUUUCAGUAGGGCAGACAGUCUUGUUUCCCACCAGCGAACUCACACAGGAGAGAAGCCGUAUCACUGCUCUGACUGUGGGAAGAGUUUCAGUCUGUUAGGAACCCUGAAAAAACACCAGCGAACUCACACAGGAGAGAAACCGUAUCGCUGCUCUGACUGUGGGAAGAGUUUCAGCCGGUCAAGCAACCUUGUUUUCCACCAGACAAUUCACACAGGAGAGAAACCGUAUUGCUGCUCUGACUGUGGGAAGAGUUUCAGUCGGUUAGAUAGCCUUGUUUUACACCAACAAAUUCACAGAGAGAAAUCGUAUUGCUGCUCUGACUGUGGGAAGAGUUUCAGUCAGGCGGGAAACCUGAAAGCACACCAGCGAAUUCACACAGGAGAGAAACCGUAUCGCUGCUCUGACUGUGGGAAGAGUUUCAGUCACUCAGGAACCCUGAAAGCACACCAGCGAACUCACACAGGAGAGAAACCGUAUCGCUGCUCUGACUGUGGGAAGAGUUUCAGUCAGUCAAACAGCCUUGUUUUCCACCAGAGAAUUCACACUGGCGAGAAACCGUAUUGCUGCUCUGACUGUGGGAAGAGUUUCACUCAGGCGGGAAACCUGAAAACACACCAGCGAAUUCACACAGGAGAGAAACCUUAAAGACUGUGUUCAAUGGGGCUGUCCUAUCAUGAGGAAGAAAAAAAAACGUUAUCCUUACAUAUUAAAUCCCUGUGUAAUUACUGUUUUGUUUAUCAGACCAUGCAUUUUAUAUGAUAAAAAUGCAAUUCAACUCUGAGUUUCAGGGUUUAGCAUUUAAACUGCAUAGACUUGAAAAUAAAUACAUUGAUGGGAACGAGUAUCCCGACCCCGGUAUGUAGCAUCCCAGAGACAAGACUGCACCGUCCUUACUGGACAACCGCCUGGAGGGUUUGUCUUGUAAAUUCAUCACGAUUCUAAAACUAAUGAAAAAUGAUAGUGUCCCAUGGCUGUAUUAUGUCAUAAAUAAGUGAAUACUGCGCAACGUGUAGCUUUGCAAUGUGCAUGGUCCAUGCUUGUAUUUGUGCUGCUCUUGUAAAUAACAUAACAUGCAGUAUGGUAAUGGAAAUAAACAUGGUAGUGGUGCUGCCCUCUAUAGAUUUUGCAAGGGAUUUAUUUAUCUUGUAGUAUAGACAAAUACAGAUGCAAAAGAUGCUUUGACACAAACCUUUUUUUCCGUCCUGAGGAAAUGCUACUGUGUAGACACUGAAACUCGAUUUUUACUCCUGAUUUACAUUUCUGUUCAGUAUUAAUGCUGAUUAGUGUGUGGUUUUAACAUGUUUAGUUUCUGUUAAGGGAUCAGUGAAAACCUUCAUGUUAUGAGGAGUCUAUGGCACGGCUUACUGCUAGUACUGCAUUCAUAUCUACUGUGCCUACACCAGCCACUGAACACAAUGUGUGUAUUAAUGAACAAAGGACACGUUGCUUUUCUCUAUCCUGUUCAGAAUUCUGCAGACACAGUGGGGAGUUCUGUUCUUUAUUCACUGCUGGCAAGUCUCUCUCUGUGCCGUUCCUGUAUAAAAAUCCUAGAAACAGGCCAGUAUAUUAUCAAGUUAACCAAGUACUGUAUACAAGAUUAAGUGUUUGCUUACAUUUCAACAAACUGAAAUGAAAUGUGUGUGUACGAGUGAGCUUGUGUUUUAUCAGGAGUAUUGUGUGAGAUUAUUACAAUCAGCCCAGGACCUUGUUAAAAAGCUGUGUUCUGAGGAAAUGUGUGUAACCUGAGUUCUAAUGAGACUUGACUGUAUAAUUAAACCUGGUGUGUGCUGAUUGGAUGAUUUGAUUAAUACGAAACCAUGCUAAAGAAAGAAUUGAAUACCUCACCGUUCUGGCACACUCCACAACCCGGUUUGUCAGAGAGAUCGGAUUCUAGAUUAGAUCGCAUCAGAUCGUGCGGUUUGUCAGAAGUGUGGACGCUGUAAUACCGAAAUACAUCUUUUGUGUUUCCUCCAGUAUCCCCAAAUGCUUUCAGAUAUGUUUGGCAAAAUACUCGGAACAGGCACCUGAAGGACUUGCUAUCAGUGCACACUCCGCACCGGGUAUUCAUUUUUAUCCUUAGCUGUCAGGACACCUCUGUUAAACUAGUGAGGAAAAUAACAAAAGCACAGGUCACUGCAAAAAAGAAAUGCGAGUUAAACAUAGGAUCAGGGAUGAACAAUUCACCUGAUUUGUCAGCUCCAUUUGAAAUAAAAUGAAGGGGACCGGAAUUAGGCUCAAGCAAGAUAUGAAGGUAAAAAUAAAGAUUGUGUUUUGUAAUUACAGCUUUUGUCUGAGUUUAAUUAUGAAAACAGAAUCAACUCAAUUUCUUCAAAGGAACGUCACCUGAUUACAAAUAAAACCUGAAAACUUCAAGCCCUACGUGUGUGUGUGUGUGUGUUUGCAUUUACUUUUUACAAAAUACUUGUUUUAUUUCAUUUUAGCAAUAUGCACCUCUAUUAAUAUGAAGCAUAUCAGAUUAUUUUAAAAUAAAAUACAGUGCAUGGUGGGAUACUAUCGUAUCCACUUCCACUGUUCGUUGCGCUGCUAGGAACUGUAACCAAACUAUUUUAAUAGUGUGUGGAGGCAUUAAACCCUGACGAAACAUGAAACGAUACUUCAGCAUGUACGAUUUGAGCUGGAUUAAUUAAAACAUUAUGAGUACGGCUCUCCAGAUCGGUUAUGUAGUGUGGACAGGGCCUCCGUACGGAGCUGUGUAUUAAGUUGUGGACUAGCUAAUCUUACUAUCUCAGGAUCAUCUCCAGCUGCGUACUAACUUCGUACCAAUUGCAACAAAAGAUGGGGAACAAGGUUCGGGACUAGCUGAUCCCCAGCUGAUAUAUUUUACGAGUGUUACAUUUCAUUACAAGAUCGAUUUUCUUUUUAAAGAAACCUACCAUCUUAAUUAUUGUUUUUUAAUUUACAUUUUUUGAAUUUAAGAAUAUUAUGUAUGGAAAUGUAUUUAUGCACAAAAGUAAAUACUGAGGUAAAUACUACUGGCACGCCAAUGACCUCAUUUCUGCUGUUGAUUCUAUAUUUCUGGUAACUGUAAACACACAGCAUUUAGAAAUUUAAAAAAACCAAUAAAAAUAUUUCAACACUGAUUUUUUUAUUUUAUUUGG